ACGAGAUGUUAUUGGAAGCGGGGCGCGGCAGUGGGCGGGGUACGACGAAAUGGAAGUGCGCAGCCACGGCGGGGCUAGGCUGGGAAGCGAGCAGAUCCGCGGGGAUUUGCCUUGACAGUCUUGCUCCGACCGCGGAUGAACAGGCUGGCAUCCCAGGCAUGCUCUCGGCCUUAGGCUCCCUGGCGGCCGCCCUCUGGGCAGGGUUCCAUCUGCUUUCUCUCCUGCUGGGUGCCGUCGCCUUUCUGUUCAUUGCUGAUUUCCUCAAGAGGAACUUGAGGCGCCCAAGGAACUACCCGCCUGGGCCUCCGCGCCUGCCCUUCUUUGGCAACUUUUUCCAGUUGGGCUUUAAGCAGCCGCAUGUGCAGCUUCAACAGCUUGUAAAGAAAUAUGGGAACCUUGUGAGCCUGGAGAUAGGUGAUCAACCUUUAGUAAUUGUAACAGGAUUGCCCUUAAUCAAAGAAGUCCUUGUCCACCAGGAGCAAAACUUCAUGAACCGUCCCAUGACUCCUAUCCGAGAAUAUACCUUUAAGAAAGAUGGAUUAAUCAUGUCCAGUGGCCAGACCUGGAAGGAGCAAAGAAGGUUUGCCCUGUCAACACUAAGGAACUUUGGCUUAGGAAAGAAGAGCUUAGAGGAAUGCAUCCAAGAGGAGGCCUACCACCUGACAGAGGCAAUAAAAGAGGAGAAAGGACAGGCUUUUGACCCUCACUUCAAGAUCAACAAUGCAGUUUCCAAUAUCAUUUGUUCCAUCACCUUUGGGGAGCGCUUUGAGUACCAGGAUAGUCAAUUCCAGGAGCUUCUGAAGUUGCUGGAUGAGGUCACAUACAUAGAAGCUUCAAUGCAGUGCCAACUCUACAAUUUAUUUCCAUGGAUAAUGAAAUUCCUUCCUGGAUCUCACCAAACGCUCUUUAGAAAAUGGGAAAAACUGAAAUUGUUUGUUUCUCGUAUGAUUGAAGAACACAACAGAGAUUGGAAUCCUGCUGAACCAAGAGACUUUAUUGAUGCUUAUCUCAAGGAAAUAGAAAAGAAUUCAGCCGGUACUACAAGUUUCCAUGAAGAAACCCUCAUCUGCAGCAUGCUGGACCUAUUCUUUGCUGGAACAGAGACAACUUCUACCACGCUGCGCUGGGCUCUACUUUACCUGGCCGUCAACCCAGAAAUCCAAGAGAAAGUACAAGCUGAGAUCGACAGAGUGAUUGGCCAUUUGCAGCAGCCGAGCACAGCUGACCGAGAGCACCUGCCCUACAUCAAUGCCGUCAUCCACGAGGUGCAGAGAAUGGGCAACAUCAUCCCCCUGAAUGUGUCCAGGGAAGUGGUGACUGAUACCACUGUGGCUGGGUACUGCCUGCCCAAGGGGACCACGAUCCUGACCAAUCUGACAGCGCUGCACAGGGACCCCGCAGAGUGGGCCACCCCCGACACGUUCAAUCCGGAGCACUUUCUGGAGAAUGGACAGUUUAAGAAAAGGGAAUCCUUUCUGCCUUUCUCAGCUGGAAAACGGGUGUGCCUUGGAGAACAGUUGGCCCGGUCUGAACUGUUCCUUUUCCUCACUUCCCUGAUGCAAAAAUUUACCUUCAGGCCUCCAAAUGAUGAGAAGCUGAGCUUGGAGUUCCGAAUGGGACUCACCAUUUCCCCAGUCAAACACCACCUCUGUGCCAUUCCCAGGGGGCGAUGAUGUUGGGGAAGGAGAAGGGAAAGGAAAGCAAGAAGAAACAUUGAGUAUGUUCUGAAGACACUGGUGCCUGCUCAGAAGUGGGGGAACAGAAUGAAAGUGACCCUGAAGAAAAGACACAGGAAGUGGAAUUAGGAGAAACUGGAUCCAAAUACCAACUGCAACAUCUCCUUCGAUAUAGACAUAGACAAAUCAUUUACAUUCUAAACGAUUUUCCUUUUUCUCAAAUGAAAGUGAAAUGAAAUCUCCUGGAUGAUGAGAGGAUAAUGAUUGUUUCCCUGAUGAAAGUUGCUAUAAGAAUCAAAGGAAAUAAUAGGCUUUAGAUGAUUUUUAAAACAUAAAGCAUAUCAUGAAAUUACAGCUA